AUCAAUAUCGGUUGUCUCUUUAGCGUUAUUUUGGGGCAUCCAGAUAUAAAUUUAAAUAGAUCAGUGUUUUCUGUUAGUGAAAAUGUGCUCGUUACAUAUUUGCUGAGUUUUCCCAAGCCAACUCAGCACAAAAAAUAAAAAUGUGGUCUGAAAAAUGCACAAAUUAACAAAGGGUCUUAAGAAGAAAAAGAAAGGAAAAAAAUCGAAGCACAAAGAGGACGAUUUAUUUAAACCAGAAGAAUUAGAGGCAUAUCGCAAACAACACCAGACUGCUCCUUCACCGACUAGCGAAGAUAAAGAAAAGCCAGGAAAAGAAAACGAAGAUUGGAAAAAAUUUACUGCUGGGAUCGAUAGUGUUUUGAAAAAGACUCAAGAUGAUUUGGAUCGGAUAAAAAGUACAUCGUUUUUUCAACGAGUGACUGUCCCAUCUGCACCGGAAAAACAACCAAAGUCCGAAACAUCAACCCAAGAAUCUGCUCAACCUGUUGAGGAACCACGAAAAGCUCAAGAAGUAGGAAUUGUAGAAGUUUCUGAGUCAGAAACAGAAGAAGAAGAUGAAGAUAUUUUUGAUACAUCGUACCUGGAUGUUAUAGUAACUGGAGAAGUUAAAUUAGCCUACAUUCCAGAGUCUCCUACUGAGCAGCAGACAGGUGACGAUCCCUUCGAUACUUCGAUUGCCGAAAGGGCAAUUUUAGGCCCAGCUGUUGAGAGAAAAGGCAAAAAACUCGUACCAAUUGGUUCAGCUGUUGAAGUUCUAACAGGACGUGUCCAAGCACCUACUUGCGUUCCUGUGAAGAGACCGUCGCCCAAAAGAGCAAUUCUUCAACAAAGGGACCUCCUCCUUGGUAGUUUUGACGAAGGCUUUAAGGAAACAGCAAGCACAACAGAUACAAGCGUUUCGGAAUCUAAACCAACUCUUCUUGACACUGACGAUGCUCCACCUGACCUUGCAACGUCACCGAUUGAUUUAAGUAAGAACCUAUUGCCCACCACUCUAACUAAUCUUGCUGAAAAGAAAGAAGAAGCAACCAAUCACGUGCAAAAGAAACUGAUAGAAGAAUUUGUCAAUAAAUUUGAAGAAGAUGACGAUAUUGAAUUUGAAUUGUUAGCUGCUGAAAGUCUUUCUAAACCAGUUGUAACUGCUUCUUUACCAACUGGAGCAACAAAUUUAGUACUAGAAGAACAUUGGGACGCUUUUUCUGAAAAUCAAAUCGAUAACACCCAAAAAGGAAUUCCAGAAGAAGUUAUCGAACCUUUAGAAGACGAUCCUUUUGAUACAACUUUUGCAGAAAAUAUACUGCCCGGAAAAACUGAACUCAAGUUAAUAGAAAAGGAAAUACUGAGUACGGAAGAAGAUCCAAAAGCUUCCGUUCAAAUUACAAAGACCACUGAAAUUUUGUUGAAAGUAAUUCAACCUGCGCAACGAGAUCUCUUAGGAGGAAGUAACACCGAUCUUACAAAAUUAGGAGAAGAACCUUUAAAACCCCAAGAAAAGGUUGAUGAAAAUUAUAUUGAAUACUGCGACCCUUUCGAUACAACGUCUGUUAUCAAUACCAUAACUGAACCUUGUCAGACGGAAUUAAAAUACUUGGAAGAGGAACUUUUAAGCGAUCUGAAACAUAAGAUCCAGGAACCCCUGGACGACGAUUUUGAUCCACGAGCAGAAGAAAGGAACAUCAGAAAAGAAUCAUUAACGGAUAAAAAGGCAGUGGGAUUUGUGUUGCCAUUACAAGGCGCUAUUUACAACUCUUUAGCUGUAAAAGACGAAAAUAAGAAAGCAGCGAAACCUUUGACACCGUAUUAUAUAAGAGAGAAUUCUAUUCCAGAAAAAUUAUCGCCACCCGAAACAACAUCAGACGAUCCAUUCGAUACUUCUUUCGAUGAUAGGGCCAUAACAAACACUAAUGGGAACAGCACAUUUGCUGCCAAAUUUGAUUCAGUUCCAAUCAGUUCAACUCAGUCCUUUGAUUUAUUAACAACAGGUGAAGAAGAUACAGCAAAAGCAUUGACACCGGCAACAGAAGUUCCAUCUAAUGAUUUCGACAGUUACGUAGACCCUUUCGAUACUUCGAUUGCUGACAAUUUGGCUCCUGGAAAUGCUGAAUUGAAACAGAUAGAAAAGGAAUUGGUUCAUACCACAAUAUCUCCUACUAUUACACCGUCGUCUUCCCUAAACAGUACUAUCGCACAACCAAGUAAUCUUCCUGAUCUUCUUGAGGAAACCGUGGAACUGACACCUGUUAAACCAUUAACACCUUUACAAGUCGAUGAAAUUAACGAAGCUGAAUUUCUUGACGAAGUAGAUCCAUUUGAUACUUCGAUAGCUGACAAUAUUCAUUUGGGCAGAACCGAAAUAAAAUUAUUAGAGUCAGAACUAUUGUAAAACGCAAUGGCAAAUAACGGAGCUAAUCCUUUCCUUUUCGAGGAAACAUUCGAACAAGAGCAGCAACAACAACAAGCUGCAUCAAACCCAUUCCUAAUGAACGAAGAUUUUCUGUAUGGGAACGCUAGUCAAAUCGAUAAUCCAUUUUUGUCUCAAACUGCUGCCGCUGUUGCACCUAGCAACUCAACUAAUCCCUUUGCUUUUGAUCCUAUGGACCUUGGACCUGCUGAAGCGGAAACUGCCGUUAAUUAUGACCAAAACACCAUAAGCGCAGUCGAAACGACCGUAACCACAUCACCUCAAAAACCCACUCAACUAAAUCUGGCAUACACAAACACUGUCUCUAAUGUAAAUGAUUCAUUUGGGUCGCAUUUUUCUCAAGAUCAAACGCAGUCUCUUCAAGUUGAGUACAACCAAGCUCCACUCCGACCAUCGAUGCCUACAACAUCGGCAUCGAAGGAAACCCAAGACUUACUCAUGUCCGUAAUGGGAGCCAUGGACGCGACCAGUUCCCAUUUGCUAGAUAGGAUUCCUCCAACUAGAUCGCCAAGUCCUAUAUCAAUGAAAGAUCUUCACUCGCAGUGUCCAACGCCAGAACCAAGCGCUUGCGAAGACCUUCUUGACAUGGGAGAUUCAAGAAUGCAAGAGAUAGAGAACAACUCAGCUGUACAGAGUGUUUCUGAUUUUCAAUCACACGAUCUCCUAUCCCUUAAUGAAAGCAAAGCACCUGAUGUAAACCAAAAUCAAGUCAUUCCUGAUGCCUUUAAAAAUGAAGAAAUACAGCCUAAACCCAAACCGCCGCCUCCAAGGCCAGAACCUCCAAAAAAGCAGAUACCACCGCCUAAACCACCACCGCCAUCAAAACCACCCCCUCCACAUCUAGUGAACCCUCCUCAGGAAAAACCUAAACCAGUAGUAGAUCAAAACGUAUCUAAUGAAAUGAUAGACAUGUUGGGAGAUAGUAUCAGCGUUCAACCUGCUCCACCGGUUCAAAAGGCUUUUGCAUCCAAAGAAGAUAUACUUAACCUGUACAACAGAAAAUCGUCUGUUACUAGUCAACCAGUAGAAGAACCUAAAAUUGAUCUUUUAUCUGACGCCAUGGAAAUGGACACAAAACCAGAUCUAAUACAAGACCAUAAUUUAAUAGAAAGAUCAACGGUUUUUGAUACUAAGGAACCUACUGAUUUUGUUUCGAGUGAAAUCCUCCCAUCAGAACCGGAAAAGCCUUCAGUAGUUAUCGAAAAUAGUAAUAAUUUUACUUUAACGGAAGAUACCAAGGAGACUGACAUUAGUCAUGGAAGUUUCACGUCUCCAGAAAAAUCAAUAACGGAUUUUCAGAUGGAAUUAAACGACAAUCAAAGUAGAGGAUCCAUUUCGAGUAGUAGUUUCAAUCCAUUCAUGGCUACUGAAAAUAGUACUGAGCCGAUACCGGCUGUGAUUAAGCAGCAACCUGAUAUUCUUGGAGAGAAUACGUAUUUGCCACCUAGUAAUGCUGUACCAGAAACUGCUCCAACGUCUGUAAGUCAAAUGGUAAAUUUCUCGCAACCCCCCAAACAAGAAGACGAAUUCGACGCAUUUACGGCUAAAUUCGAAUCGGUCACAAAAGAUGAGAAUAAGAACGGCGUCUUUGAUGCUUUUUCUGGCAAUUCAAACGCAUGGGGAAAUAGUAACGAUUUCGGCGGAACUGGUUUCGCUGGAGGCUUCGAAAACGAGGAACCCUUUGACAAUUUUCUUACACUCCAAGAGCCCCCUCAAGUACCUCAAAGCACUCCAAACAGAAUGUCGAAAGCGCCCUCGCAAGACUCUGAAGAAGAGAAAGACUUUUCUGUGUUUAUAAGGCCAAAAGUUGAAUCUAAUGCUUUCGGCGACGAAAUUAUGCCUUCCAUAGCUCCACCGCCUGUUCAAACCCAAAACGCCUUUUCAGAAAGCUCUCCAAGGUUUAAUCCAUUUGACCAAGCAAAACCCACUACUGAACUCAUAUCUUCUCAAGAACCAGCCCUGGUGUUUGAUGAGGCAAAAAUUCAAAGAACAGAUUCUGCCGAAACCCCUCCAACUCCGUUAUUUGAUGAGGACGUGUCUCAACCUUUAGAACCGUUUCCUCGAACAACGCUAAAAAGGGAAGAAUGGGAAAUGCACUUGAGGCAGCCCAAUAAGAAAAAAAUUACUGGGCAAAGAUUCUGGAAGAAAAUAUUUGUUAUGUUGGUUCAUCAACCAGAUUGCGUGCUACUGCAAUUAUAUAAUCAGAAGGGUGACAAAGACCCAUUCCAAGAGCUUCCACUUCAACCCUGUUACUCUGUUUCGGACAUAGGUGCCCAACAAUAUGAUCAGUACGGAAAAAUUUUCACUAUCAAACUUCAAUACAUCUUCUACAAAGAACGUCCUGGUGUACGACCCGGUCAAGUCAAAAAGGCAGAAAGAAUUACGAAUAAACUAAGUCAGUUUGCUUCUUACGCUAUACAGGGGGAUUAUCAGGGCGUUAAAGAAUUUGGGAGCGACUUGAAAAAAUUGGGGUUGCCGGUAGAACAUGCCCCCCAAGUGUCCCAGUUAAUGAAGUUAGGAUCCUUAAGCUAUGAAGAUUUAAAACAGUUUUCUGUCUGUGUGGAAGAAGCUCUCUUUCGUCUUUCAGCUCAUCGGGACAGGGCGUUGCAUUAUAAAAUGGAAGAAGUUCAAAUUACAACUGUGGAUGAACUUUACGUCGAACAGGAAUCAGACGGUCAUAUAGAAAGACAGAUAGCAAGAGUACGGCUAUUCUUUUUGGGAUUUCUAACCGGAAUGCCUGAUAUAGAAUUAGGCGUUAAUGAUUUACGAAGACAAGGGAAGGAAGUCGUAGGGCGUCAUGAUAUCAUUCCAGUCGUAACUGAAGAGUGGAUUCGACUUGAGGAAGUCGAAUUUCAUUCAUGUGUCCAACAAGACGAAUACGAAAACUCACACAUUAUAAAAUUCAAGCCCCCCGAUGCGUGUUACAUUGAACUGAUGCGAUUUAGGGUACGACCACCCAAAAACAGGGAGUUACCUCUUCAAUUAAAAGCUUCCUUGAACGUGACGGGAAAUAAAAUAAUUUUAAAAGCAGACGUUUUGGUACCAGGAUUCGCUUCCCGGAAAUUAGGACAAAUACCCUGCGAAGAUGUAAUGAUAAGGUAUCCGAUACCAGAAUGCUGGAUCUAUCUGUUUAGGGUUGAAAAACAUUUUCGAUAUGGUUCUGUUAAAUCAGCACACAGAAGGACUGGUAAAAUCAAAGGAAUUGAAAGAAUUCUUGGUACUGUUGAUAAUUUACAAGAGAGCCUAAUCGAAGUGACUUCCGGUCAAGCAAAAUACGAGCAUCAACACAGAGCGUUAGUUUGGAGAUGUCCAAGACUUCCUAAAGAAGGCCAAGGGGCCUACACAACCCAUAACCUUGUUUGUCGUUUGGCUCUUACAAGUUUCGACCAAAUGCCGGAACAACUUCCUGAUUACUGUCAUGUCGAAUUUACCAUGCCCGCAACUCAAGUUAGCCACACGACGGUUAGAAGUGUUAGCUUACAAAAUUCUGACAGUGAUGAACCCCCGGAGAAAUAUGUGCGGUACUUGGCAAGACAUGAGUACAAGGUGGGUAUCGAGCAUACAGAGGGCGAAUCUCAAGCAGCUUACGAAGUGGUUACAGCCGCUAAACCUGCUGCUAUAAUUGAAGAAGAACCAACACGUGCUGUUCAUGCAGAAUCAGAAAGCGACGACAGUGAUUAAAAUAUGCGAGCAAAUAUGUCAUAUGAACCAAACUUUUUGUAACAUAUGUAGCGCAGAUAAAAUCUCGCCCAAGUGUUGGCAGCUACCAAAAACAAUAUUUCUGAUAGUUAUUAUACGACAAAUAGGUAUACACGAUAAGUUAAAUAAGAUAACCAGGCAUUCCUUGCGGAUUGUAUAUUAAGUAUAACUGUUUAAUGCAAAAAGUCAUUCCGUAGUUAUAAUAACAUGUAGUCGUUAAAAUGCUUCAAUGUCUACUACUUACUAUAAAUAGCUUAAAAGUAAAUGUUGCAUUAUCGACAAAUUUUUAGUUUUUCGUACGAUUAUAAUAACUUGUAAACUGUAUUUAUUAUUAGUUAUUUAGGUAUUUGAUUGCACAUUAUACAUACAUACGAGCUGUGAAUAUGACCUGAGGUAUCACUGUUGUAAUCUUAUUUGUAGCUUUAUUAUACGAACCCUAUCUACCAGAGGUGUUAACAAAAGGAAUAUUUAAUACAAUUUUGUAAUAGCAUGGAAACUGCUUUUUAACUUUUAACACAUCAAUCCAAUGUAAAUCUAUA